CGCAGUCCAGCUUGUGUACGAGAGAUUUUGUGAGCUGACGCUGUGCAUUCACUGCUGUGAGCAACUGAAGUUCGUGCCCUGUCUGUGCACGAGCAGUUAGUAGACUACUGUCUGAAAGGCAUUUUUAUCAACAUAUUGAACAACAGACAGAGUAGGUGUAGCUUGGGUCGUCAUAGCAUUCAAUUGUGAUACACCAAGAGUAAAAAGUACGACUAUCCGAGUUAAUGCAAAGGACGAACAUUUUAAAAAGAGAUUUUAUUUAAAUUUGUCCAUGGCACACCAAGCACUUAUGGAAUGUUACAGCAUCGGGAUUGUAAUGAUGUUACUGACGACAAUCUGCUGCCAGACAGCUCCUGAAUGCUUCCCUGGUGGGCAUCAAAUCCUCCAAAACCCUUACAGGAGUGUCAGCUUUGAUUCACAGAGGCUUCAGCAGUCAGCUAUACAGGAUUUAAUAUGUGACCAUUCCUUAAGUCCAGGAUGGUACCGAUUUCAGAUUUUUGAUAAACCAGCAGACAUGCCAACCAAAUGUGUGGAGAUGCACCACUGUGGAACUCAGGCCCCAGUGUGGCUGUCACUGCGAGACGCUGAAUCCUUGCCUCGUCCUGGGGAGGUCAAGCAGCUCACAGCCUGUGCCACAUGGCAGUUUUUCUUUAGCACUACAAAGGACUGCUGCCUCUUCCGGAUCCCUAUCAGUGUGAGGAACUGUGGAGACUUCAAUGUGUAUCUACUUCAGCCCACCCAGGGAUGCAUGGGGUACUGUGCACAAGCGGUUUCAGACUCAAAGGAAGAAAUCUGUGGUCCUGAGGAAAUAGAAGUUGAUGGAAUGUGUAAAGGCGAUCGCCCUCCUUCGCCCACAAUUCCUGAAGUAGUGGCAGAGCUUGCUGGUGGUAAUAUUUAUCUCAAGUGCUCCUUUGACAGCCCCAGUACAAACAGCUCUCUCGGGUACAUUGUUGCCUGGACUAGACUUUCCCCUGAUGGAACUAAAGAAGAACUUAAACAGGAGACAACAGUGCAGACAGUCUCUUUUAUAGAACUGGAUGGAAUAAACCUUCGACUUGGAGACAAGAUUUAUUGUCAUAGCUCCAGCUUCUUUUUGGAAACGCCAGAUGUUCAAGGACCUUCUGUUGAAAGCAAUGAAUUCUUUGCUGGUAUUAAGCUGCACCCUGAGACCCACACCGUGUCAGAAGAUGGCAAGGAAUACAAACUAAGGGUUGAGAGCACAGUGCCCAUCUUGUGCUCGUCUGUUGGUCAAUUUGAAGAGGAAUGCAAAGUCUCACUCAAACUGAGCACAAUCAAUCAAGGCGCUGAACGAUUUGGAAUAAAUGUUGUCCUUUCCUCGUGCCAUGUGGAGCUCCUGCAGGCUCCAUGCCAUGAAGGGACCUGCGCUUCGGCUACUGUUUAUUUCACAGGAGUGACGGACUUUGUACAGGAUGGAGACAGAGAAACUGAAAUUGCAGUGCAGCCUAUUGUUAGUGAGAACUUUUUGUGGAAUGGCUAUACUCCACAAGGCACCAAGAUUGAAGUUAAGGACAUUCCCUCUGCUUAUUGCUACUCCUUUACAGACCCUCACAUGAUUACUUUUGAUGGCAGGAAGUAUGAUAAUUUUAAAACUGGAACCUUUGUACUGUAUAAGAGCACAGUCCGAGAGUGUGAAGUGCAUGUGCGGCAGUGGGACUGUGGAAGCCUUCAUUAUCCAGCUUCAUGUAUCUGUGGCUUCGUAGCCAGAGAGAAUGGUGACAUAAUUGCAUUUGAUAUGUGCAAUGGUCAGUUACAUGAGACUAGGCCACACCUGUCAGUGAAGAACAGAGACAUUGCUAGUAACGGUAUCCGAAUCACUGAGUCCUACCAAGGAAGAAAAGUAACGAUCACAUUUUCUUCAGGAACUUUUAUUCGGGCUGAUGUAACAGAUUGGGGGAUGAGUUUAACCCUUAGAGCUCCAGGUUCUGACUAUAGACAUACCACAGGCCUGUGUGGUACAUUUGAUGGGCAGACUGAGAAUGAUUUUCAUAGUGCAGAUGGUAGCAUCAUACUUCAAGAUACUGUAGCAUUUAUUGAUGAAUGGAGAGUUGCACCUGGAAAGAGUUUGUUUGACAACACGCCUUCCUCUAGAAGUUCACCAAAGAAAGGGCCCUAUUGUAGUUGUGGAAGUGAAUCAUUGGAGAUGCAUCAAUCUGCUAACAAGCUGGAUUUGUUUCCCCAGGCAGGGUUUCCUUCAUCUUGCACAAACAAUGGACAUGUAAGGCUUUCAACAUUAAUACCAGUCCUGGACAUCACAGCAGAAUACAUGAACUCAGUCGAACUGAUCAGGGGAUUAGACAGGCGAGAUGCUAAGACAGAACAGCCAGAGUCUCCAGGGUCACUUUUGGAAGAAGUGCAUCAUAUGAAUCAAAGUCAGUUUAAAGGAGCCGUAUCGGGACGUGGAAAUCCUUUUUUUCAUCCCAGUAGAGACAGCAACAUGGAAAAACAUACUUCCAGCAGGGGAUCCACAAGCAAGACACACAGACAUGACAGUCUCCACCAUGAAAAACAAGCAGGUCAAAACAGAUGGAAACGGCAAGAAUUUUAUGAAUAUCUCUCCACAUUUCCAUACCAGAGUCUCAGCCAGACUGACGUGGAAGGCUUCACUUAUUUCUUCCCCGAAGACCACACCGCUGAUGCAGUCUCGGAUACCCUGCCUGCCUGGCCCACCCUUUCUGGGUUGACUGAAUCUAGAGCCACUGAGCUGUGCCAACAUACCAUAGUCAACUCUAGCAUAGGCACGGGAUGUGGGAACCUCCUUGGAAAAAGAAUAUUGGAUGUUGUAGACAUGUGUGUUCUAGAUCUGCAGCUCAAGGAUGACCUCAGCUGGUCAACAGCAGGCUUGCCAUUGCUAGAGAAUGAAUGUGAAAGGAAGCUUUUGGAAAAUGGUGGCCUUGGUGAUAGUGAAGAUGUACUGUCAUUCCUAAAAUGCCCAAACCUUUGUAAUGGGAAUGGGCAGUGUGCUGAGUGGGGCUGUGUAUGCUGGCCAGGCUUUGGCUCCUAUGACUGCAGUGUUUUAUCUGAUCAGCUUCCGGAAAUCACUGAGCUGGAAAAUGCCGGACUGUGUGAUGUUCGCCAGUAUGACUGCACUUCUGUAAGGGUGUUCGGUCAGAGCUUUAAGGAUUCUUUUGAGAAAAAAUGUGAAGUUGUGAAGGAACAGUACAUUUCUGGGGAGUGGAUUCUAGGAGAGCCACAACUUACAACUGCUACCUUCCUAAGUGAGACAAUAUUGGAUUGUAAGUUACCUGCAGAGAGUGGCCAUUCAUCAGACAGUUUGAACAUUGACAUGGUUGAUGAUAAGCCAAUUGCUAGGUGGCAAAUCAAGGUUUCUAUUGAUGGAUAUGGAUACAGUAACCCAAAGACAUUAACAAUAUUUGAUGGGGCUUGUCAAAUCUGUGAACCCAACAAUUCUGAUGGACUAUGCACAUUAAAGGAAAAGACUUGCAAUAUAGAUGGACUUUGCUAUGGAGAAGGUGAUAUUAACCCUACCAGCCCCUGCUUGCUGUGCAGGCCAGAUUUAUCCAAAUUCACAUGGUCAAUUACUGAAAAAAAUGAGCCACCAAUUUUCCAACCUUCGCAAGAAAGACUUAAAACCUUCUAUGGAGAGAAUUUUGUGUACCAGUUUCUGGCAUCUGAUCCAGAAGGUUCCGCUAUCCUUUUCACACUGGACACAGGGCCACAAGAUGCAGUCCUCUCACCUGCUGGACUUCUCAUUUGGAAAGCGAUGUCACACACUUCACAGACAUUCAUAUUUUCUGUGACAGAUGACUGUAAUGCUGAAACCACAUCAUCUGUGGAGGUUGCUGUAAAGCCGUGUGAGUGCUUGAAUGGAGGAUCUUGUGUAACAAACAUCAACUUUCCUCCUGGGUCUGGAGAAUACCUCUGUGUCUGCCCCAUUGGUUUUGAAGGAGAAAGCUGUGACAUUGACAUUGAUGAUUGUGAGUCAAAUCCAUGUAGUUUGGGCAGAUGUGUGGAUGGCCUGAACAAUUAUUCUUGUGAAUGCCCUUCUGGGUUGAAAGGUAAAAAUUGUCAAGAAGAUAUUGAUGAAUGCAAAUCUAAACCUUGCUUCCCGGAUGUUCAGUGCAAGAACACGUUUGGUACUUAUGUGUGUGAUUCGUGCCCACCAGGAUCUCAUGGAGAUGGUACAACUUGCAAAGUUGAAAGAAAAAGUGGUGUGAAAAUCCCUGAGUUUUCUGAUGAUGAUGAAUAUGACUUUGAGGAAGAGGUUGAUGCAAAGGGAGACAAUGAGGAUGAUCAUAAAGAUGAUUAUGAUGAUGACUAUGACGUUAAUUCUGAAACGGAGAACACUGCGCUAUAUACCAGUAUUCCUGAUGAAAAUGAAAUCACAGACACAGGCAAGGUGGCGGGUGGUGGACAUCAAGGUUCUUCUGGUCUUAUACAUGGGUGUUCCAGCAAUCCCUGUUUCCCUGGAGUACAGUGCUUUCAGCAUACACCACCAGAGGAGGGGUUUGCUUGUGGAGGUUGCCCAGCAGGAUUUCUUGGGAAUGGGCAUACCUGCAGUAGGAUCCCAGUGAUUGGGAGCCAACCGGCAACGGCUCUUCCAAUCACUACAACAAGACCAUCUACAGUUUUUACCUUUACUACAAGACCUCACAAGACCUCUGACACUCAGUCUAAUGUCUCAAAAUCCACUGGACACAACUCGGCUAGCAGGCUAGUAACACCACAACAAAGGCCUAUUGUGCAAAGUGGAGUGGUAACUUCCUCCCUGGGGACCAGAACUUUACAACCUGAGAAACCUUUUGAAGCAAAACCUAAAGCAGAAAGACCCCUUUCAAGCAACAAGAAAGUGUCACCUAGCAACACAAGCAAAGGAAAUAAGCCCAGUGAUGGAGUGUCAGGAAAUAAAGGCAUUCCAAGGGCUAACGUUCCUGCAACUACACAGAAAGGUUCUUCGGGGAAAUCUGGCUCAUCCGGCAUUGCUGCCCUACCAGAAUUGUUUGAAGAGGAGACACCGUCAAAGACUGUGACUUGUGCAGAGUCCCCAUGUUUCCCUGGGGUUCCUUGUGAGCCAUCCCAUGAAGUGAAAUUUAAAUGUGGUCGCUGCCCAUAUGGUUAUUCUGGAGAUGGAGUAAACUGCAAAGCCAUCUGCCGAUAUCCUUGUGGCAAAAAUAUGGAGUGUACAUUGCCAAAUACCUGCAAAUGCAAACCUGGAUACACGGGAUAUAACUGUCAUAUUGCUGUGUGCCGCCCAGAUUGUAAGAACCGUGGAAAAUGUGUAAAGCCCAAUGUGUGUGAAUGUGCUCUAGGAUAUGGGGGUCCAGCUUGUGAAGAAGCCAAUUGUGAUCCACCAUGUCAACAUGGAGGCACCUGCCUGGCAAGAAACCUCUGCACAUGCCCGUAUGGUUAUGUUGGACCAAGAUGUGAAACGAUGGUUUGUAACAGACACUGUGACAAUGGAGGCGAAUGCAUUUCCCCAGAUGUCUGCAAGUGUAAGGCAGGCUGGUAUGGGCCUACAUGCAGCUCAGCUGUUUGCAGCCCGGUAUGCCUGAAUGGUGGAGCAUGUGUAAAACCAAAUGUCUGCAGCUGCCCCAUUGGAUUUUAUGGAUCUCAGUGCCAAGUUGCUGUUUGCAGUCCACCAUGUAAGAAUGGCGGCCAUUGUAUGCGCAACAAUGUGUGUUCCUGCCCAGAUGGCUACACUGGAAAGAAAUGUCAAAAAAGUGUUUGUGAUCCACUGUGUAUGAAUGGGGGGAAGUGUGUGGGUCCUAAUGUCUGUUCGUGCUCUUCUGGAUGGAGGGGGAAAAGGUGUAACAUCCCUGUCUGCCUACAGAAAUGUAAAAAUGGAGGCGAAUGUGUGGGACCCAAUACUUGUCACUGUCUUGCUGGAUGGGAAGGGUUGCAGUGCCACACACCCCUCUGUAAGCAGAGAUGUCUGUAUGGUGGCAGAUGUGUGCUUCCAAACAAGUGUGUUUGUCGCCCAGGAUACACUGGAGAUACAUGUGGGAAAAAGGUACAAGCUCAGCUUGGAUAAAUGGGAUUUAGUACCUAAUGCGGCCACCAUAAAUAAUAUACACAUAACAAUUGCCAGUGAAAAGGGCAUACUUUCAGAUUUUUUGGCACUGCUUUAUAUGACCUCCAUGUUAAGAGCAUAUCUGAACUAUUUAUUUAGUUGUUUUUUUUUUCUUUAAUUUUAGAAACCAUUUACGGUAUCUGAGGGACUUUUUUCCUUUGUAUUCCUUUUGUAUGUCUUGUUCUCACUACCUCAUGGUACAGCAUCUGUAGUGUACUCCUAAAUGAUUAUUCAUUCGUGAGGACGAUGGGAAAUACAAAUCCCUGCUGAGAAUGUUACCAUGUGUGGUUUCAGGCCAUGAAGUGUGUGGGUUUCAAGUAUAUAUAUUUUAUAACUGACAGUUUCUAUAGGCUUCUUUUAAUGUGCACUCGUGUUUUGUCUAUAGCGCUUUUAUUUGAUAGUAUUUCUGUUUUAGUUUUUAGCAAUGUAAUAUCUGACAGUAAGAUGACACAGACUGUACAUAUGCAUUCAGUAAUGAACUUUUCUAGGAAAAUACUCUGUACUGGUAUUCUAAAAAAAAUGAAUACUACAGCUGAAAAAUCCUGUGACCAAAUCUGUUGACCAAAUUACAGCACAUUGAAUAUUUGUGACAGGAUUACCUAUACAUUAGAUAUACAUUUCAAUACAUUCUUUAAUUGAUUGGGAAACAUUUAUAAAAUGGUUAGAAAUGCCAGAACCUUCCCAGUUUUAAUUUUAUCAGGGCAGAAAGAAUUAUCACCCCAUACAAUUUGUUUGAAUAUAUGCCUGCUGAUCUUACUCUGACCUGUACAUUAUUUAAUUUGUCUGUCAGCAUUUCUUUCAUAUAUUUAGUACUACUAUUAGGCCAUUUUCUUAUACUGUCAUUUUAUGUAAACCCUUUCAAAUGAUCCCAUUUGGAACAUUAUACCAUGUUCUUCCCAGAAAAAGAAAUGAAACGUAUGGCACAGGCAUAUUUUUUGAGACCAUUCUUACAGGGUUCAACAUGAAUAAGUCAGUGUGACCCUCCAAUCAGCUAGGACAUUCAAUGUAUGCCUAAUUUGAUUGUAAACGAUCACAAAUUAAUACUUAAAAGUUGCUAUGUAAAACGUGUAUAUAUGUAUUUAAAUAUUGACUAAAACAAACCCAUUGUAAUUGUUUUUUUAUACUUGAUUCAUGGAUACCACAUUUUGUAUUUGUAAUAUGUUGUGUAAUUGCAAUAACUGUAAGGGACUUUUUUUUUUUAAAUGUAUCCACUGAAUUGUAAAUCAUGUAUAUUUUAAAUAAACAGCGUCUAUUUA